AUGCUCGCCAACUGCACGACCAACAUUCCGCACCUCACGCAGCGGUGCUGCAACCUCACCAUGGGGUUCUUGGGAACCAUCCCCGACCAGUGUACGCGCACUCAGUACAUUGAUUUCUACACUUGUGUUGUCGCGUUCUCCGAGGCCAACACCACCUACGCCAAUGCCAACCUGUCUUGCAAGACCUGGGGCGGCAAGAAGGGCGCCACAUCAGAGGCCGCCUCAACCGUGCGACUGAGCAAGGCUUACAUGGUCGUCGCUGUGGCCACCUUGUCCAUGGCGAUCCUCACUGCCGUCUAA